CUAAAUCGAGUAACACGUGAAUGUUGCAAGAACAACAUAGGAGCAACGGUAGUAGUAGUUAACUUGCUAAGUAGAUACAAACAUAAGCAUUUAGAAUGAAUGUUGAAGUUAAGUCGAAAAGAAUAAAAAUGUCCACCUUGGAGCAAUUGAAAAAGUUUACGACAAUAGUUGCCGAUACCGGCGAUUUUGAAAGUAUGAAACUUUACAAACCCACUGAUGCUACGACAAAUCCUUCUUUAAUUUUAAACGCUGCCAAAAUGGAGCGCUAUCAGAAUUUAGUGCAAGACGCUAUAGAGUAUGGCAAUAAAGUUGGAAGUUCUGAGAGAGAGAAAAUUGAGGAAGCUAUGGAUUACUUAUGCGUUUCAUUUGGAUGUGAAAUACUUAAGAUUAUUCCGGGUCGGGUCUCCACCGAGGUAGAUGCUCGCUUAUCAUUUGAUACCGAUAAAAGUGUAAAAAAAGCCUUGAAAUUAAUCAAACUUUAUGAAGACAAGGGCGUUACAAAAGAAAGAAUUUUGAUCAAGUUAGCUUCUACUUGGGAAGGUAUACAAGCUGCUAAAAUUCUGGAAACAAAACAUGAAGUCAAGUGCAAUUUGACUUUAUUGUUUUCAUUUGCUCAAGCUGUCGCCUGUGCUCAGGCGAAUGUAACGCUGAUUUCGCCGUUUGUUGGACGCAUAUUAGAUUGGCACGUGGCCAAUACCGAUAAAAAAAAAUACGCACCAAAAGAUGAUCCAGGUGUUAUUUCGGUUACAAAUAUAUAUAAUUAUUAUAAAAAAUUUGGUUACAACACUGUUGUGAUGGGCGCGUCAUUCCGUAAUAUUGGUGAAAUUAAAGCUUUAGCCGGUUGCGAUUUGCUGACUAUAAGUCCUUCGCUUUUAAAAGAAUUGGAAAACGACGACGAAGAAAUUCAGGCUCAUUUGAAUGUGGAAAGGGCUAAAAAUGAAAAAUUGGAAAAGUUAAGCAUGGACGAGCCAACCUUCAGAUGGCUGUUAAAUGAGGAUGCCAUGGCUACCGAUAAAUUGUCUGAGGGUAUACGCAAAUUUGCCGCCGACGCUGUGUCUUUGGAAAAAUUAAUAGGCAAACAAAUGAACGUCUGAGUUGAAGCAGAUUUUUUCGUUUUCAAUAAAAUUGCAUUUAUCAUAUUCGGUUGAUAUGUGAACACUUAUACUUAUAAAAUAUUGUAUAUUUAAUGUUUUUAAAUUGUGAAAUCUUUAUUUUUUUAUUGAGAAAUAAAAA